AUGGCUGGGGGUGGUGGAGCUGGCUGCGACAGUAUCUACGGCGGAGGGCGAGGGUGUCCCGACGGGAUCCAUUUUCGCUGUCCGGCGACAGCAACCUGUUGUGAAGCAGGCGGGUCUGGAGUUCCACUGCGCGAAGGUUGUGUCCCGGCAUCUGGUGGCACUGUCGAUCCAGGCAUCAUUUCCUCUCCUAUGGUUAAGUUGAUUGAAACUUUUGCUGUUUUUUGCAAGUCUCAGAGAGCUGCUUAUAGGGAGAAGGUGUUAAUUGAAGCAGAGAAACAAUUUCUGCAUGAUUUCACUUUUUUCAAGGAAAAGUUAUUAGUUGAUUUUGGCCAAAUAGUGGAUGUCGAAUGCAUUGAUAGUACUUGCCAAGUUCUGUGUGACAAGGUCAGGCGUUGUUGUUCAAUUUGCAAGUCAAGGUGUACUGAAGCUAUCAUCGAUUCUCUGAAAAUUUUGGCUGAAGCAAUGACUAUUAAGCAUCAGAAGUUUUUGAAUUCCAACAACCUUCUGGCGAAAGAUAUGGAUAUUAAGUCAGAUGAGAAAGCUACCAAAUUUGAUACCAAUGUGCAGCCAGUUGAUGUUAAGUCGAAUGAGAAAGGGGCUGGUGUGGGCAUUGUUGAGGCUUCUCAUGGAAAAGCUCAUGUGGUUAUUACAAAUCCCCUGAUAACAGUGCCCAUACAGUUGGAGACACCAAUCGUUAAUAGGCUGGAUGGAAAUAAUGGAACAUCUUUGAAUCCACCAGCGGGUUAG